AUGUCUGCUUUUCUGCAUCACUGCCCCUUCUUGAAGUCCACUCCAGGCCCUUCUCUAAGGAAUGUGGCAGCGUGCUUUGGAUUGGCUGACCAAUGUCCAAUCAUUGUCCGCCAGAUCUCUGUAAAACCCACCCAGUCCUCUGAGGAAAAAGGCCUCCUCUCUCAUAAGGAGCCAAAGCGGCAGUUGGUGACCACAGCCACUCAGGUGGCGAUCUCCAUGUCCCAGAGCUGUCCCUUUAUUUCCUCUAAGAUUGGACUAGUUAAAGCCAGUCCACAAGUGCAGGAGGAUGUCCAGCCCAAUCUUGAGAAUCAAGAUAACUCUGCCAGACCCAGUUUCAACUACGAUGACUUCUUCACUCAGAAGAUUGUGGAAAAGAAGAAUGACCAUACUUACCGUAUCUUUAAGACGGUGAACCGUUUUGCAGAGGUUUUCCCUUUUGCUGAGGACUAUUCCAUCCCUGGACGCUUGGGCUCCCAGGUGUCUGUAUGGUGCAGUAAUGAUUACCUGGGCAUGAGUCGACAUCCCCGCAUUGUCAAGGCCAUAGGAGAGGCUUUGCAGAAGCAUGGUGCAGGAGCAGGUGGCACCCGAAAUAUCUCUGGGACGAGUAACUAUCAUGUGGCCCUGGAGAGUGAACUGGCCCAUCUACACCAGAAAGAUGGAGCACUGGUCUUUUCUUCCUGCUUUGUAGCCAAUGAUUCCACCCUCUUUACUUUGGCUAAAAUGCUCCCAGGCUGUGAGAUCUACUCAGACAUGGGUAAUCAUGCCUCCAUGAUCCAGGGCAUCAGGAACAGUGGGGCCAAACGCUUCAUUUUCCGACACAAUGAUGCCAGUCAUCUGGAGGAGCUGCUCAGCCGCUCAGAUCCACUCACACCCAAAAUCGUGGCUUUUGAGACUGUUCAUUCAAUGGAUGGUGCAAUUUGCCCUCUAGAAGAGCUAUGUGACGUAGCACAUAAAUAUGGAGCUCUGACUUUUGUGGAUGAGGUCCAUGCUGUCGGACUGUAUGGGGCUCACGGAGCAGGUGUAGGAGAGAGAGACAACGUCAUGCACAAGAUCGAUAUUGUCUCUGGAACUCUGGGUAAGGCAUUUGGCUGUGUGGGUGGUUACAUAGCCAGCACUGCUGCCCUGGUGGACACUGUGCGCUCCUACGCCGCCGGUUUUAUCUUCACUACCUCCUUGCCUCCCAUGGUGCUGGCGGGGGCUCUGGAAUCGGUGCGUGUGCUGAAGAGCCCAGAAGGCCAAGCUUUGCGCAGAGCCCAUCAGAGAAACGUCAAACACAUGAGACAGCUGCUGCUGGACGCUGGACUGCCUGUGGUCAACUGCCCUAGCCACAUCAUUCCCAUUCGGGUCAAGUGCAUUUAA